GACAUCAUGGUGAAACAGGGACCAUUCAGCCUGGAUGACCCCAAGGAUUACAGCGUGGAUGUGCGCAUCAGUGACGGUGGACGACCCGUUCAGACCAGCAUCACAAAACUGGCAAUCAAGUCGUGCAGAUGUGAUGCCAGGCGGGUUCCCACUCAGUGCAAAGCUGGUGCUCGGAGGAUGGGAGUGAGCGUUCAUGCCCUAAUUGCAAUUCUGCUCUGCAUACUGACCAUACUUGUCAUCGUGAUCCUGUUCGUAAUGAGGAAACGCUACCAGAAGGAUUCUCUGGCCAGUAUGAAGAACAGUGGGGAGAUUCACGAGCAGCUCGUCACAUACGAUGAGGAGGGAGGAGGAGAGAUGGACACUAAUGGCUAUGAUGUCUCAAUCCUCUCUUCUGCUUGCAAUGAUGGCUCUUUGCUCCGCCACCCCGACCGCCACCCUCACCCCUCCCUCUACGCGAUGGUCCAGAAAGCCCCCCACCAUCUCCCACAACCCACGGCGUGUAAGGGGGACAUGGCUGCCAUGAUCGAGGUCAAGAAAGACGAAGCGGAUCAUGACAGAGACGGAUUCCCUUUUGACACUCUGCACAUCUACGGCUACGAGGGGCCUGAGUCUCUAGCCGGGAGCCUCAGCUCUCUGGAAAGUUCCUCCACUGGCUCAAACGUGGAUUAUGAUUUCCUUAGCGAAUGGGGGCCGAGGUUCAGGACCCUGGCUGAGCUGUAUGGUGUGGAUGGAACUGAGUACUACCAUCAAUACUGAUGGAGACUGUCUAUUAAUGAGCACAUGUGAUGCCAAAAUACACACGCAUACACAGAUCAAAAACAGCCAUAGAAACACACCCACUUAAAGCCAAACGCAUGCAGAAAAUAUACACACAAACCAGUCGUUUAGGCUUUCCAUUUUGUUUCUGGAAAAGGAGCUUCAAUCGAGCAGACAACCAUUUUCUCUAAAGACUUCUCUAGAUUCUGAAAAAAAGGAAUCAGGGCGCCCUGCUUCAAUAGUAAAAAAAACAACUAAGUUUUGUUAUCGUGUGUAAUUCUUUGUGUCCUAUGUUUUUAUCGACUCUUCCUCGCACUCACCAUCGUUAAACUCCAGGAAGAAGCUUCAAUUUGAAACAAGCUGCUUUUGUUCUUAAAGAACUUCUUUUGGUGCCCUUCCCCUCUUCCGAUGAAAUUUUGGAAUUAUUUUAGAGUAACACCAGGACAGGACACCAGAGAAGGAAGUGACCACAUCGAAACAUGUGGAAGAAGAAUGAGUUUUAAUGAGAGUAUGGGAUCCACCCGUUGGGAGGCCUUUUAUCCCUUCACAGGAAGCAUUGUGUAAUGUUUGCUGAAUUCAUUCUACAUGAGAAAACUUAAACUUCUAGUCAGAUGGAACUCUACUGGAACUGCAGCUAAUCAUAUUUUACUCUGAAAUAAUAUUGGCUUAUGAGGUCACCGCUGGUCAAACAUGUAACUCAGUUAUUUAAUUGCUUUAUGUUGUACUGCUUUUAUUUCAUGUGGCCCUAUUUUGCAUCCCCCUUUAACAAAUCUGGGAUUGUAUUGAAGGUAAAAGUUUGUAUCGUUUCUCUUUUAAAGAUAUCUUUACGUGCACCAAUAUCAAUUUGCAUCUGCACCUAUCAGCUAUACAUGUUUGUAAGUUUCUGAUCGUGCAACUUGGAACCUAACAUGGACUCAAAGCGACAAUGACAGUGCUAAAUAACUAUGCAUAAUCAUAUAGCAUGGCUAGUAUUUCAAAACAUCACUAAGUCAUUUAGGAGUUGGUUCAUUUAAAUAUUCAGACUAAUAUUACAAUUUUAAUAGAAUUAUUUUUAUUUCUCUUUCCAUUCUCCUGGGGAUGCAAAAUGGUGCACUUCAAAUCAAAUCCUUUUUUAAUUUGAGCUUUUUAUCAUCGUAUUCUGUCUUAUUCUUCUCUUUGGUAUUGGAGGCUUGUAAUCUAUUUGAACUCUGAUGUUUUUUGAUAUUCGACAAAAAAGGGCACUAUCAAAGCAAGAACGAGGAAAGAGAGAAUCAAUCCCUAACCCAUCUGAAGUAGAUGAAAAAUUGAGAAGCCAAAUUGAGUUUAAACUCAAGGACGUAUGAACAGAAAUGCAAAAAAAUGAAAGUUGAACCCUGGAAAACUCAUCAGUCUGUCUUGUGCAUUAUUUUGUGAUACGCUCUCGCUGGGUUUUUUGACAAGCUUUGUAUGUUUAGCUGUAUUGAUGUUUGCAACAAUUCUUUACACAUUCAAAAAGAAACAAGUUCAGAUAAGGUCCAUCAAAAGUUUCUGAUGUUUGGCACAAGGGGAGUUUUUUUCGAGGUAACCCUGAAAUGAACAAGGAAUCUUUCCUAAGUGAGUCAUUUGUCAAUUUUCUUUGCGAUCUUGUGCUCUGUUGAGAGAGAAAAAAAAUGACAACAGACUGAUGGAGGGAAGGACUAAAAGGAAAUGGCACUACUGACGCUCAGACAGAAUUACAGCGUGUUCCCAGGGUUUAUUUGACAGGAACCAUCAUCACAGUUAUUGUUGAGAUGAAAGCUCAAUUCUCAGAGGCCUACUAGAACAAAAGUCAUUCAGACAGCUGCGGAAACACUGAGUGGCAAAGGCAGCUCGUCGGGCAGUUGUGAUGGGUCUGAGGUGGCUUGAAUAAGUUUAACCUUUCAUCCUUUUUGGCUACUGUCAGGACAAAAACUCUACGAUCCAAUAUGUUGACAGUCUUCAGAAGAUCUGAUGCAUUUUUACAAAAAAUAACGACACUGUAUUGAAGAAUUGAGGCUUGAAACUUUUGAGUGACCUGGGCUGUUUUCAAAAUCGCCUUCUACAUACUGCCUUUUGACAGUAGUAUGCAGUAUGACUGUAUGUCCGGGGUUAAAUUGCAGUAUGCCAGGCAUGGCUAAACUGGUUUCCUGUUCUGGAAUGCAGAAAUAAACAACAGCCAAGCUGACGGCAAACCUUGCUCAAGUGUAGCACCGACUUACAGUCUGAAAAAGUUGACAAGUUAUUCAUUUAGAUUUUUUUGAUUUUGAGAAUCAAAACAGAUAAUAGGCAGUACCAUUGUGUGGUUUGGUCUGAUUGGGAUUAUUUCCCCUGUAACGAUAGCCAUUGCUGCUGUGAGACAGUACGAAAGGAAUACUUUUUCCGAAUCAGUACGACAUUGGGGUAUUUUUUGGCAGGUCUCGCAUUUGUUCGCAUACUGCUUACUGCAUUUUGGCCAAAUCAGUUAUGUACUACUAGCAUUUUAGGUGGUUUUGCCUUGGACCUACUUUGCAUCUCUCAUGACCUUUUCAACCUGAGCCAUCUGGCUCAAGGCUUAAGACCUCUUGAAUUAAAAGUUUGAGCCGACACUUCUGUAGCAUUUAAACAAUCAAUUCAGACAUAAUGGCUAAGUGGUGGACUUUUGCAGAAACAAACAUUUAUGAAAGCUCAUAGAGUUAAGGUCACUUAUUGUUGUAAGUGACACCUUAUAAAUCAGUGUAUGUCAUUGUAAAGUGCAGCCCUUUCUCUAUAAGCAAGCUUUGUUGCCAUUGUGAUCUUUAAAUACAUGGUUGAGUCCUGCUUAAUUCUGAUGAAGACACUGCCACGUGUCUUUUAGACAGUCCCAUUGUUUUUUUUAAAUGUAAAUCAUUCUAGUUUAGAGAAUGAAGUUUAUUUAUUUUGCUGUUUUAUUCUGUUUUGUUUGGACUUGAACUUGUUUUUUUAAAACCCGACCUCUGUGGAAUGCCAUUCGAUAAACGCUGGACACAAUAGCUGGAAGCCCUCUGAAUGCCUUCCUGUAGGUUUCAUAUAUAUACUUAGAGCAACAAGCUCCUCCACCUCACUCUCAUUCCGCAUCUCCUGAGCUCCUUGUUUGCUUGACCAUAUCUCUCUCUCUCUCGUUCUCUAAUCAGCUAAACCAAACACUGCAAUCAACUUCCUGUCCAUCUGGGAGGUUUGUUCCCGCCCCUUCCUGUCUGUGUUAUCUCGAAGAGGGCUAACACAUUGUGCUCGCUUCCCGUUAGCCCGGCCUGGGAAACAAUCUUAAAGAGGAAAAGGG